AUGGAGCCCUUUGCCCAUGCCAACGACUUAGACGACAUGGCUGACAAGCUCAGCCAGCUUAGCACUUCGUCCCAGCCGUACGAUGACCGCCCGCGAAUCCCGUCGAUCCCCCGUUCCGACUCACCGAGGACCUUCUUCGAUGAUUUCAUCCCGCGCCCCGGCACCGCUAAAUCACAAGCAGGCUCCGAGCGCCGGCCGUCGCGGGGCUCAACCCUCGGCCUUAGCAUCUUCCCAGCCCCCAAGGGUCCGGCCCCGAAUCGUCCUCUGCCCGCCGUGCCGCCUCUGAACCGCGCCAACUCCCACCGCACGUCUCUCCAGCAAUCGAUCGACGGCUCCGAGGCCGGUGUCUCGGGUGACACCUCGCACUAUUCACAGUCUUCGGCAGCAUCGACUUUGGAACGAACGUCUACGAAUGGAAGUGGCAGCGCCGCAUCGCCUCUCUCGCCCCCUCCUCUGUCGCCCCUGAAGCUGUCUGAGCUCAGGAAAAAGCUUUACCAGCCUCUUCAGCCUCCUAUCGCUGAUUCUGGAGUCACCCUGCACCACUGGAAGCAGCUCACUUCGACCGAUAAGCCUUCAAAGGACCCAACCAUCUACUUUUUCGACGUGAGCGUGACCUCUGCAACUCUCGCCUCUAAACAUGGCAACAACCUCGUGAAAGUCUGGUCUGUCAGUACAGGCGAAGUUCUAUCCUCUCUCAAAAUCUCCUGCUACACGACCGCGCAGCGACGUUCCCGCGAGUACUUUGUGCGCUCUCAUGCGGUUCUCUCCGAGCCCCAGUCCCUCAUCGCAAUUGCAACCGGCUUCGGCGACACCCUCGAGAUUUACGACUGGUCCCGCAAAAAGCGCCUGCAAACCAUCGACGCCGCCAACCGCUGGGCGGCGGCCCGCAGCUCCAACUCCCUAGACACAACCUGGUGUCCCCUAGCAACUUACCGCUCCGAUACCCACACCAUCGACCUAUACACAGUAGCUCGGACCUCCGCCCUAUCCAAGAAACCCCUCAAAAAGGCCCGCUCCAUCGACCUCACCAAGUGCAACCUCCCCAUCCUCCCCAAAUUCCCCGAGCUCGCCUUCUCCUCCACCUCACCCCUCCUCGUCACAGCCUCUGGCCCCCGCCCCCCACGGCCCGGCCACCCUCCCCCGCAAAACGAAACCCUCCUCGUCGCCUGGGAAAUCCACGACGGCGCGCCCGCUAACACUCCCUACAAGCUCGUCACUCCUUGGCAGCACCCCGAGAUCGAGACUGCUUUGCCGUCUGGCCUCGCCACGUACGGCAGUGUGGCUGUGUCCAUCUGGAUCCCGGCCUCGUAUAAGGCAGUCCCGAUCCCCGGAGGCCAGGGCGGCUUCCACAUCCAGCCUGUCCAGGUGCCCUACAGGUACGUGCUUGUCUGGGACUUCUCCGUCAACAGCACACGUACCUUCCGCAUUCCUAAUGCCCAGGCGGCGUGUAUAUCCCCUGACUGCCGCUUCAUCGCGUACUGCGACGCCUCCGGCGUUGAGUCUGGAGCCCGGGGUUGCCUAGCCCUGCUGGAUGCCAUGUCAGGCAAGAUGCUCUGGUGCUGGCCGGAUCCGGAUGCGCCUGUUGGCGGGCAGGAGGAUUUGGAGAGGGAGUUGGGGGGAAGUUUAAGGGCUGUGAGUGAGAUGGCGUUUAGUGAGGACGGAGGAUUCUUGUUUGUAGGUGAGGACAGAGGGGGAAUACAUGUGUUUGAGGUUAGGGAGAGGGAUAAGGUGAAGGGGGUGCAGGGACUGGGGCAAGGGGAGUGGGAAAAGGCAGCGGGAAGUGGGGUUAGUGUGGUGCCUGUGCCGAGCGCAUGA